CGCCUUGGACUGCCACUCUCGGUCGUUAAAUGGAAAUAGGAAUGGGUGUCGUGCGCCUUGAACCUCGUCCAAGACUAGGUAACCGGUCUUUAGCAAGUUUCACAGGUUUGGUAUGUCUACCAAGGUCUCGAAUGCUUUCAAAGUCAAAGACGUCACUCUUGUCACAUGAUCGAGUUUAAAGUGUGUUUCCUUGUAGAGUAGACGUAGCCUAGAGAUCGUGCAUUUGUUUGGGAGUUGAAGCGUCGUUGUAUACAUCCACAGCCUGAAGGAUCGUUCUCUUCCACCAUGAUUGGAUCUAUGGUUCUCCUCUUCCUAUGCCUGCUGUUCUUCUUCGUUCGCACCAGACGGCCUAAGCGCUUCCCCCCUGGGCCCCAGCCUCUGCCGAUAUUCGGGAAUCUGCUCCAGCUGUGCCUGGAGAAUCCUAUGAGAGAUCUGGAGAGGCUGAGACUUCGCUAUGGCAACGUGUUCAGUCUGUAUUUUGGAAGCCGGCCUGCGGUCAUUCUCAACGGCACCAAGACCAUAAGGGAGGCCCUGGUUACCAAGGGGACCGACUUUGCUGGGCGCCCAGAUGAGCUGCUUCUCAGCCACAUCACGCAGGGCAAAGGUGUUAUCAUGGCCAACCACGGCCCCAGCUGGAGGGACCACCGGCGCUUUGCUCUGAUGACCCUGAGGAACUUUGGCCUGGGCAAGCAGUCGAUGGAGGAGAGGAUUCUGGGUGAAGUGGAACACGUCGCUGCGGAGCUGGAGAAGAGCAACGGAAAGCCAAUGAACCCCCAGCUGCUGUUCCACCACGCGUCCUGUGACAUCAUCUGCUCCAUCAUGUAUGGGAAGCGCUAUGAGUACGACAACCACUUCUUCAGGGCCAUGAUCAAGAUGAUGGCCGACUGCUCCAAGAUCGCCAACGGGGCCUGGGGGAUGAUUUACGACAACCUUCCUCUGCUGAGAGGCCUCCCUCUGCCCUUCAAGAAAGUGAUGGACGAUUAUAGCUGCGUCAAACGUCACGUCAAAAGCAUCGUAGAGGAGCACAGAGCGACACGCGUUCCCAAACAGCCCAGAGAUGUCAUAGACAGUUACCUCGACCAGAUUGAUAAGAUGCCGAAGGGCAGUGUAUUUGACGAGCAGCAGUUGCUGGCGACCCUGUUGGAUCUCCUGUUUGCCGGAACCGACACCACCUCCAACACCAUCUGCUUUGCCGUGUUUUACCUGACGACCCACCCUGAAAUACAGGAGCGUUGCCAACGGGAGAUAGACCAAGUCUUUGAAGAGAAGGAAAGGGUCAGUUUUGAAGACAAAGAUAGGAUGCCCUUUAUGCAGGCAGUGAUUCAAGAGUCGCAGCGCUUUAGCAGCACUCUGCCUCUCAGCGUCUACCAUUCCACCACCAGGGACACCGAGCUGCAGGGCUAUCAGAUACCCAAGGGAACGCUGGUGAUCCAGAACUUAUCGUCGGUCCUGUAUGAAGAGGGACAGUGGAAAUUCCCCCACGAGUUCAACCCUGACAACUUCUUUAAUGAUCGGGGAGAGCUGCAGAAGCUGGAGGCGUUCAUGCCCUUCUCCAUUGGCCCCCGCAUGUGUCUGGGGGAGGGGCUGGCUCGGAUGGAGCUCUUCCUCGUCCUGGUGACGCUACUGAGGCGCUUCCAGUUCGUCUGGCCGGAAGGUGCGGGAGUGCCGGACUACACGCCGGUGUUCGGGGUCACCCAGGCCCCUAAAGCCUUCAGCAUGGUGGUCCUACCAAGAGAGAGUCAGAGGCACUGACGGAGGAAUGAGAGGAAUAGACAUUGAGGUUCAGGAAUCAGAAUGCAAGAGAAUGUGAUGGAAAAUCGCACAUAUCCUCCUAACUGAUGAUUUGGUAACAGGUGGGCUUUGGAUGGAAUGUUCUUAAAAGCUUUUUAGAAAAUUAAAUGGUCAGACAGACCAUAUUUAUACAAAGUAAAUAUAAAGCAAUUUGAAAGCAUGUUACUGCACAGUAUAUUGCAGAUACAGUAUGGUGGUAUUAUUGAUUGUAUGUUAACCCUAGGCUACAUUUUUGCACAUAUGUAGAUAUUUGGCAGUUCUCAUGAUUGAAAACUGCUGAGGUUUACACUAGCGGUCAGUAUACAAAACAUGAGCAACCCUUACAGUGUGUGUGUGUGUGUGUGUGUGUGUGUGUGUGUGUGUGUGUGUGUGUGUGUGUGUGUGUGUGUGUGUGUGUGUGUGUGUGUGUGUGUGUGUGUGUGUGUGUGUGUGUGUGUGUGUGUGUGUGUGUGUUUGUGCCACUUACCAUGAUGUCCUACAAGCAGGGACAUAGUGGUUCACACUAGAGGGAGGGCUGGAAAAAACAUCUGUGCAUACUGCUUACUUUUGUCUGCAGCAGGUGAAGGCACAUGAAUUCCCCAGGUCCUCAGUUUUCUGGCAGCAGGUGCAACAUUUCCUGCUCUUCGUUUGCUUUGCAUUUGAAAUGUCUUCAGACUCUUCCAGUGUUUCUUUAUCCAGUCCGCAGCUCGGUUUAAUCCAUGUGUGUCUGAUUUUUUUGUAUAUUUUUGGAAACCUUUUCAUGCCUAUAGAAAAUACUAUGUCUUGAUAAAAAUAAGAAA